AUGAAACGCGAAGUACCGUCUGAGUUACAUGGCUGCAACAGUGAUGGUGACGUGCGACCAGCAAAAGCGCGCCGGCACGAAAGCCCCGGCACGAAUCCAGAGCUUUGGAAGAAAGAGCACGAGCACAGCAAAGCGCAGCAACCCCUUUCUCCCUUCUCUCCUGACUGUGAUAGUAAAGUAUGUGUAGACCCUCAACUUGCGAUACUCAUCACACUGACUGCCCAGCAACCUGAUCCUCGCGAACACCGAACUACCACUCCCGCGUCCCUCGCAAAUACCACCGACGAACAUACAGACACGAUAUACCAGUGGAUUCCUGCGCCAUCGGAGGUGGAUUCAUUUGAAGUGAUGAGCCAACCCCCAUCAAAACGAUCCCGGUCGCGUUCGAUCUCAACGGAUCGGGGGCGUGCGCGGUCGGUCUCGUCAGACAACAGUGAGAGCAGCUCGGCUCGGGACACCAGGUCAUAUGCGUACCGAGCCGUCAACUAUGUCACCAUCUUAGAGACCAAAGGAUGCUUCAUGCGACAGUCCUCUGCCGGCCCGAUGCCCGAAGAUAUUGCACUCUGUGAGCGUCUCCUCAGUCAGCCCAUCGUUCCCCCUAGCGGUACCUUGCUUGAAGACGAGUAUAUGACGGCUUUUCAUAAUGCGUUGCAGAAUCGAUCUGAAGCGCGUCUCUUGGUGGACCUCCACCCUCUGAUUAUGCCCUCCGCGGAGAACCAAUACAUUCAGGGAAACCAGUCUUUGAAGAAUGUGAUCGAUGGAUACAAUGAUCCCUGGCUGAAAACCGAGCCGAUCUAUGGUCCCAAGCCGCAGCCGGAUCACGCGCGAGGCUUGAGAUGGUCGACCUUUUCCGAGACUCAGCGGCGCAAACUCGGGAUCAAGCCUGACGAGAAGUCACCGUACACAGUACGAGAAGACAUGUACUUUCCGUACCUGACCGCAGAAAUCAAAUGUGGGAAUCAGGCGCUGGAACUUGCCGAUCGGCAGAACAUGCAUAGCAUGUGUAUUGCUCUGCGAGCCGUGGUUUCUUUGUGCCAAGCCGCAGGCUGCACGGAAGAGGUGCAUCGGCGGAUUUUGGGCUUUUCAAUAUCGCAUGAGCUCGAAGGCUUUCGAAUAUACGGUUACUAUCCUGAGAUUGAUGAUGGCAAGGUGUCAUUCUAUCGCUGGCCUGUUGCGCAACCCAACAUCUGGGUCAAAGAAAAUCGAUGGACAUGCUAUCAAUUUGUGCAGAAUUUGGACCGUGAAUUCCUGCCUAUUCAUACCGAUAGAUUGAUGCGGAUACUUGAGGAAGUUCCGGACCCAGACGAAGAUGUUUCUGGUAUUGAUGUUGAUGAGCUUGACUCUCAGGUGUCCAUGGUUGGAUUGCAGGAACGCCCGGGCUAUCGCCGAGCAGCGUCUUCGCAGAAUCGUGGUCUACAACCAGAGCUACGUAUGAUGGUGCAAACACUACAACAGCAGUUGACAGAUCAGAAGGAACGAGAAGAGAAGCGGGCGGCGGAACAGAAGGAGAGAGAAACGGAACAGAAGGGGAGAGAAGAGAAGCUCCUCAUUCAACUGGAACAGCAGAAGCUACGGGAAGAGAAGCGAGAGGCGGAACAGAAGGAGAGAGAAGCGGAGCAGAAGGAGAGAGAAGCGGAGCAGAAGGAGAGAGAAGCGGAGCAGAAGGAGAGGGAGCAAAAGAGAGAAGCGGACUACAAGGAACUGCAAGACAAGCUACUUGCUCUUUUAGAACAGAGAAAAUAA